UGAGGCCGGCGGGUGGACGGGCGGCAGCGGUCUCGCACCGGCGCCGGUCGCAGGCGUUGCCGGUUGGGAGUGAGUCCACGCAGCAGCCGAUCGGCGUCUCAGCCUCUCCCUCUUGCAGCGCCGAGCCUCUGAGCCGGGGCUCGCUCCGCCGGCGUCACAAUGACCAAGGCCGGUAACAAGGGCGGGAGUCUCCGCGACAAGCUGGACGGCAACGAGCUAGACCUGAGCCUCGGCAACCUCAGCGAGGUCCCCGUCAAGGAGCUGGCUGCGCUCCCCAAGGCCACUGUUCUGGAUCUGUCCUGCAACAAGCUCACUGUUCUCCCGUCGGAGUUCUGUGGCCUCACACACCUAGUGAAGCUGGAUCUCAGUAAAAACAAGCUGCAGCAGCUGCCCGUGGACUUCGGCCGGCUGGUCAACCUCCAGCACCUGGACCUGCUCAACAACAGGCUGGUCACCCUGCCUGUCAGCUUUGCUCAGCUCAAGAGCCUGAAGUGGCUGGACCUGAAGGAUAACCCCCUGGACCCGGCCCUGGCCAAGGUGGCAGGGGAUUGCCUGGAUGAGAAGCAGUGUAAGCAGUGUGCAAACAAGGUGCUGCAGCACAUGAAGGCUAUGCAGGCUGACCAGGAGCGCGAGAAGCAGCGGCGACUGGAAGUGGAACGAGAGGCGGAGAAGAAGCGGGAGGCGAAGCAGCGUGCGAAGGAGGCGCAGGAGCGGGAGCUGCGGAAGCGGGAGAAGGCCGAGGAGAAGGAGCGGCGGAGGAAGGAGUAUGACGCCCUCAAGGCCUCCAAGAAGGAGCAGGAGAAGAAACCCAAGAAGGAGAACAAUCAGAAGUCCAAGUCCGGCUCCCGCCCCCGCAAGCCGCCGCCCCGGAAACACACUCGCUCCUGGGCAGUGCUGAAGCUGCUGCUGUUGCUGCUGCUGUUGUGUGUGGCCGGUGGGCUGGUGGCCUGUCGAGUCACUGAGCUGCAGCGGCAGCCCCUGUGCACCCGCGUGAACGCCAUCUAUGACAACGCGCUCCGGGGGCUGCGCAGCCACGAGAUCCUCCAGUGGGUCCUCCAGACCGAGUCCCAGCAGUGAGCUGCCCUCCGCACACCCCUGCCGCCCGCCGUGGAGCUCACGUCCCUGGAAUUGGGUUCUGCGGGCCACCACCUCUGUAGCGUCAGACCACCCUGCCAUCACCACGGGGCUGCCGCCUGGUACUGGAAGUCUCCUCUUUGUAGGACUUGUUCCACAGUCAGGGGACCCUGUUGGAAUAAGGAAACUGAGGGUGGGG